GGAACCUUGGGUGGAGUGGCGAGAUGACGAGAGAGCUGGGAAGGAAGAGAAAGCGUCCUCUUCUAGGGAGAGGCCCUGGGAACGCACCGAGAACCGGCCAGCGCUGCCAGGAAGGAAGGGACGCACAACCAAUUACCCAACGCCAAACGCGGAGGGCGGCUCCAGCGUCACGUGACGCCGCGGCCACGUGACCCCCGCCCUGGCGAGCCGAGGCGCGACCCAGCUCCCGCAGCCCGAGGGAGGGGCCCGUUGCGCCCAAACCCAGCUAGAUACGACCAUGCUGUCCCGCCUGCUCAAAGAACAUCAAGCCAAGCAGAAUGAACGCAAGGAGCUGCAGGAGAAGAGGAGGCGAGAGGCCAUCACUGCCGCGACCUGCCUGACCGAAGCUUUGGUGGAUCACCUCAAUGUGGGUGUGGCCCAGGCCUACAUGAACCAGAGAAAGCUGGACCAUGAGGUGAAGACCCUACAGGUCCAAGCCGCCCAGUUUGCCAAGCAGACAGGCCAGUGGAUUGGAAUGGUGGAGAACUUCAACCAGGCACUUAAGGAAAUUGGGGAUGUGGAGAACUGGGCUCGGAGCAUCGAGCUGGACAUGCGCACCAUUGCCACCGCACUGGAAUACGUCUACAAAGGGCAGCUGCAGUCUGCGCCAUCCUAGCCUCUCGCCUCUCCCCCAUCCUAGCCUCUCGCCUCUCCCCAAACCCUCUUCUUACCCUCCCGAACAGGAGGGAGACUGGAAGGCCACAAAUAAAACACAAGGUUCCAUUC